GCUCCGCCGCCCGGAAGUGGCGGGGGGGGCCCGCUUCUGCCCGAGCCCGUGCAAGAUGGCGCCGCUGGACCUCGACAAGUACGUGGAGAUCGCGCGGCUCUGCAAGUACCUGCCCGAGAACGACCUCAAGGUGCGGCCGCGGCGGCGGGGCCGGGGCGGGCCGGGGCCGGGCGGGCCGGGGCGGGCGCUGCCGGGCGGGCCGGGACGGGCGGUGCCGGUGGUCCCGGCGGUCCCGGCGCCGACCCCGACCCUGCCCCGCUCCCUCCCGCAGCGCCUCUGCGACUAUGUCUGUGACCUGCUGCUGGAAGAGUCCAACGUCCAGCCCGUCUCCACGCCCGUCACCGUCUGCGGGGACAUCCACGGACAGUUCUAUGACCUGUGCGAGCUGUUCCGGACCGGCGGGCAGGUCCCCGACACCAACUACAUCUUCAUGGGGGACUUUGUAGACCGAGGGUAUUACAGCCUCGAGACAUUCACGUACCUCCUUGCACUAAAAGCCAAGUGGCCUGACCGUAUCACGCUGCUGCGAGGCAACCACGAGAGCAGGCAGAUCACCCAGGUGUACGGGUUCUACGAUGAGUGCCAAACCAAAUACGGGAAUGCGAACGCCUGGAGAUACUGUACCAAAGUCUUCGACAUGCUCACAAUAGCAGCUUUAAUAGACGAGCAGAUUCUGUGUGUGCACGGAGGCCUCUCCCCAGACAUCAAGACCCUUGACCAGAUCCGGACCAUUGAGCGUAACCAGGAAAUCCCUCACAAAGGCGCCUUCUGCGAUCUGGUGUGGUCAGACCCGGAGGACGUGGACACGUGGGCCAUCAGCCCACGCGGGGCGGGCUGGCUCUUUGGGGCCAAGGUCACCAACGAGUUUGUUCACAUCAACAACCUGAAGCUGAUCUGCAGAGCACACCAGCUCGUCCAUGAAGGAUACAAAUUCAUGUUUGAUGAGAAGUUGGUAACGGUAUGGUCAGCUCCCAACUACUGCUACCGCUGCGGGAACAUCGCAUCCAUCAUGGUCUUUAAAGAUGUAAAUACAAGAGAACCAAAGUUAUUCCGCGCAGUUCCAGACUCAGAGCGUGUCAUUCCUCCCAGGACAACCACGCCCUACUUCCUCUGAGCCCUCGCCCGCCUGCUGUCACCUCUCCCUGUCCUGCCCCUUUACAAUAUACUUUUUAUUGAGCACUUUGCUGCUGAAAUGCUGCCUCUUGCCUUUUUUAUUUUUAAAUUAUCUAAAUUUAUUGUGUAUUAUGGUGUCUGUAGCAAGUUUUUUUCCCCCCUCCCCUAGAUUAAUUUCAGAGUAUUUGUAAUAUGUCCUUGAGAUUUGUACUACUGCAUGUAGUCCUCGCCUAGUCCUGGGUUAGAUGAACCGAUUCCUUUAACCACCACGCUCCGGGAGCCACUCGAGCCCGUCUCUUGUUCAGCUUUUUGUUUUUGGUAAGUUUUAAGAAAUUUCAGCAGCAAAGUCAGUGCCCAGUGUGCGGCGGGGCCAGGGCUGCCCGUGCUGUGUUCACGGCGCAGUGCCGAGCCGGCCUUUUCCGAGUAUUACGUGGAUCCCAAUAAAGCGGUCGAAGGGCUGUUCUCCAUUCCCCGUUUGUUCCGUUUUCCUCGGGAUCCCGAUUAAACCCGCAAACCUGCUGCAGCGACGGGAUUUGUACAUUAAAGUCAUUGUUCGGAUUUUU